UGCAAACCUAUUUCUGUGCCAAAUAAAAUACGAUACUUUCGUUUUAGAGCAGCACGGUGGAAGAGGAGUUAGGGCGUCUGCCUCACAAUACGAAGUUCCUAAGUAGUCCUGGUUCAAUCCCGGGCUCGGGAUCUUUCUGUGUGGAGUUUGCAUGUUCUCCCCGUGACUGCGUGGGUUCCCUGCGGGUACUCCGGCUUCUUCCCACCUCCAAAAACAUGCACCUGGGGAUAGGUUGAUUGGCAACACUAAAUUGGCCCUAGUGUGUGAGUUUCGUCCGUCUAUCUGUGUUGGCCCUGCGAUGAGGUGGCGACUUGUCCAGGGUGUACCCCGCCUUCCGCCCGAAUGCAGCUGAGAUAGGCACCAGCAACCCCAAAAGGGGCGAGCGGUAGAAAAUGGACGGACUUUCAUUUAAAAGCUGUUCACAUGCACGACUUUCCAAACAUAGUUCCUUAUCUCCAGUAAGAGUAAUCCACUCCUACAUCCAACUUAACAGCUGUAAUUAAUCUGUCAUUAUUUGCUUUUUUAGGGGUUUUCCCUCUGUCAUUUGAUAAUGGCACACUGACUAAUAAUGCAUGCCUGUUUUAAUUCCUUGAACUCUUACCAAAAGCCAAUGACGCACAUAAAGACAAAAAUUGUUUAAUGGAAUUUAUUGUGUCGAAAUACUUGUUCAGCCACCUGCAAUCAACUUCCUUGUGACGCCCGUGUGAUUAAUAGAUUAGUGACUUCAACUCUAGGUUUUUUUUUUUUGGGCAGAUAAUUACAACAAAAGGGCCUUUUACAGUAGAACACUUUUAAAUGAUAACAUCAUUGUUAUUCUUUUAGUUUGUCCAUACAUCAGCCACCUCUUUGGAGCAUUAACAAUGUAAGUGUUUGCCAGUGGUAUCUAACAGUUCUGUCCAAAUGCCCAAAACAUUAGUUGGUAAAAAAGGAGGAUAUGUGCGGAUAUGUUAAAUGUUUCAAACACAGGUAGUUCACAACUGUUACGACGACAAAGGUCCAAACCCCAAGUGUGCAUCAGUGUUAUUCAACUGGCAGCUCGGUAGCCAAAUCCUGCCCGGGAAUGACACCAUAUUGACCCCAAGGUUCAGUUUAAAACAUCGGCAACAAACCUCGAUCCAUCUGUUUUUUAUUAAAUUCCUCAAAACACUAUAGUGGUCCUUUUGUAUCAUACCAAUACAAACACAAUGGCUUUGACAUUUUCACCUUGCUAGCGAACAAAACACUGGGUUCCAAACUUGCAAUUUACAUAACUGAGACGUUUCUCAAGUCACUUUUUUAACUUCUGUCCUUUUUGGCAGUUACACAUCUUUUUCGUAAUGUAAUUUAUGUACAGAGAGUGUUGUGAAGCUUGUUUCCUUCACAUGCAGUGUAGUUAUUGGUCCAACUUGUUUAGUUACACUAGGUGUGUUCCUCAAGGUUCCAUUUUAGUUCCUAUAGUUCAUCUUUUGGGCUAUUCAAAUGGUGACCCGCAAGUUCAGUUUACAAAACUUGUGAAAGGCCCAUAUUUCUGCAGAAAAUUCAUAAAAACACUGCAGUACUGUCAUAGAGAUGAUCUUUGACUAGCUUUUUUGCAGAAGGUUUGAUUGAUUGAUUUAAACUUUCAUUAGUAGAUUGCACAGUUAAGUACAUAUUCCGUACAAUUGACCACUAAAUGGUAACACCCGAAUAAGUUUUUCAACUUGUUUAAGUCGGGGUCCACUUUAAUCAAUUUAUGGUAAAGAUCCUUAAACAGCAGAGCGCCCAUGUAAUUCUGACAAAACAUGUAGACCAUAAUCAAAUGUCUGCUGUAGAUGAUGCUGGUCCUUAGCUUUUUUGGAAAUGUGGACCUCAAAACAAUUAAGUUGUAAAUCACUUGUAUACAUUGUGUCACAUGACUUGUACAAGUUUUUACAGUAGUAAGCCUUACAAGUUUUUCUAAUUUCUAAAUAAGUUUUUCAAUAAACUAUUGUAUUAGACAAAAUAGGUUUUAUGGACAUUCAUAAUAAGAUAUUUAAUAUAUAUACAGGCAGUUUUAAAUUACAUUUUUACUUUUGUCCAGAACAUUUAACCCCCGUGUAGAGCAACAUUGUUUUUUUUAAAGUAGAACUCCCUUUUAAAAAUAUAUUAUGGAGAAGGUGCAGGAAGGUGUUCACAGAGCAAUCCUUCACGUUUGUGGCCUGUUAAUGAACCCUUGUGAUGUUAUUUAAUUAUGUUCAUAUUGUACUGACCUUAUAUGUAUGCAGUUCAAAGUCCCAUUUCAGGUUUUAUGCCUACUGUCCAGGGGUGUAACGGUACGUGUAUUAGUAUUGAACCGUUUCGUUACGGGGGUUUCGGUCCGGUUCGGUGGUCUACCGAACGAGUUUCCACACAAACAUAUUAAGUAGCCGCCUAUGCUAAAGUCUUAAUAAGCUGCUCCGCUCAGUUCUGCCUGUGUCUCCCACACAGCACCCAACAUUGUCCCGCCCAUACAACCAUCUGAUUGGUUACACGCAAAGCGGUUACGGCCAAUCAGAAGUGCGUAUUCACAGCGAUAAGAGCCAAUCAGCUGUGCGUGUGUUACGACAGUAAAGCCCUUUCUGUUAUUUCACUUUACCUUUUUCUGUGUUGAUUGAGCUGUGUUGAAGCAGCAAAAAAGGACAUGAUGUUAAAUGAAGAGUUUCUGUCUGUGAUAGUUGAUAUAAUAAUGUAACUGCAUUAUAAAGCCUACAUGAACUCCAUGGUGUUCAGGGAUGAAUAGUCUCUCCUAUUGCUAUUGUACAAAUUUUUUCAGCUAUAGUUACAUUAAUCAUUAGUAAUGUAGCAGCCUAGUUUUGAAUGGCAGGGUCCCUGUUAUCACAUGUUGAUACAAAUAUAACAUUUACAUAAUAAAAAUCAACUACAGGCUUCCCAAAUGCUGUAAUAAAUUAAGCAUGAUGAGUUGACUUGAAAUUGUUUAAUGGUGCACUUUUAAUACGUAGUAGAAAGAAAAGUUUUGUCAUUUUAUUUAAUCUGAGCAAAAACCUGAGGCAGUUUAAUGUUGAUUAACGUGGGCAGAAUUAUUAUAGUGUUCCCAAUGUUAAAAGGAUAUAGCCAUUGUUUACAAAUUUGGUAAAUAAAUAACCAAAAAAUGUAUAUUUUGUUGUUUUCUUACUGUACCGAAAAUUAACCGAACCGUGACCUCUAAACCGAGUCUCGUACCGAACCGACAUUUUUGUGUACCGUUACAUCCCUACUAUUGUCACAUGUAUUUCUCCAAAAUUUACCCCUUAACAAAUCUAAGGAAAAACAAACGCUUUAAUUAGGUGAGAGGUCUUUUGUAACAUCAUAUGAUUAUGAUUUGAAGUCCCAACUUGCACCACUUGUUUUCCAAUUUACAUCAAAAGAGAUUCAAAAGACGAUUUUGGAUAGGGGAGGGUGGACAAACACUUUGUAGUUCUCCACACAGACAUCACCAAUUGUUGGCCUGACCCGCCUGUUACACUGUUUUACUGGCUUUCCUUCGUCUAACCGUUUAAAUCAUGUAAAUGUCGCCCCACAAUCACUUGUCUCUUGGUUAUUGUUCCACUGUAUCUAAUGUACUGUAACUGUCGGGCCCCAGUAGAUGUCAAACAUACAUGUAGAUAGCUAGAAAAUGUGAUGCUAGCGCCAUUGUACUACAAACACUAGCCUCCUCCUCCCCUCUUACUAAGAUGGCUGGUUCUUGGACGAUUUUUGUUACUAGCCACUAAUCCCCACCCCUGCACACACUCCACACAGUAAAAAUCGCGAGGGGCGAAGGUGAAGGUCGAGACACCAGCCCAAACUGAGCCCAGCCCCCCCAGUGUCAGACUGACGACUACCCUGCACACAGACGCUAUGGAUCGUUCGCCCACCACCGCCAGCCUCAUGGCCGCCAGCAACGUCACCAACAAGACGGACCAGCGCUCGCUCAACUCACGGGUCUUCAUCGGCAACCUCAACACCCUGAUGGUCACCAAGGCUGACGUGGAGGCCAUCUUCUCAAAGUACGGCAAAAUUGUGGGUUGCUCCGUGCACAAGGGCUACGCUUUUGUGCAGUACGCCAAUGAGAGGAAUGCCCGCUCUGCCGUCACUGGGGAGGAUGGGCGGAUAAUUGUCGGACAAGUGCUUGACAUCAACCUGGCCGGAGAACCCAAACCGCACCGGUCCAAAACCACCAAGCGUUCAGCUGGAGACAUGUACAGCAGUUCUUCCUUCGACCUGGACUAUGAUUUCCAGAGAGACUACUAUGACAAAAUGUACUCGUACCCGUCCCGCGUCCCCGCACCCCCUCCACCCCUGUCUCGCGCCGUGAUCCCGUCCAAGCGCCCGCGGGUCAGCCUUAGCGGCGGUGGGAGCAGCCGGCGGACCAAGAGCAGCUUCUCCUCGUCCUCCAAGAGCAGCCAGAGGGCCUACUCGUCCAGAAGUAUCAAAGUGGACGAUCUGCAGACCAUAAAGCGCGAGUUGACUCAGAUUAAAAGCAAGGUGGACGACCUUCUGGAUAGCCUGGAGCGCAUGGAGAAGGACCACAGCAAGAAGUCAGACAAGACUAUAAAAGCGGAGCCCGGAGAAGUGACUUCUCCCCCUCACUCGAGCAGCAAGAAAGACGAGGCCAUAAAGAGGGACAGGGAAACUCCGGACCUCAACGACUCGGAUGAGGACGAUGAGGAUGAUGACGACGACGAAGAGGAAGGAGACCUGCUGGAGGAAGAUGAAGAGGAGGUGAAGAGCCACGGCGAGGAAGAGGAAGAGGAGGAGGAGGAAGGUGAGCACGUGGACGGAGACGACGAUGCCGACAGCAUCAACGGCGAAGAUGACUCGUAGGUCCCGCCCCCGUCGCCGCUUCUAGUAUGACUUCAGUUUUAAUAUUCAUAGUGUAGAUACAAAGAGGAGGAAAAAAAAAACACUGCAGACGUGCACGGAAACCAGCAUGGCGCGCACACAAAAAAACACACACACACACAGACACAGAGUUAUCAAAGCGUCAUUCGUGGCCGGUUGCACCGCUGUGACAGGAAUAACUUGCUAUAGACUCUUAGCGCGUCUCAACUGACAGCUGGACGGACUCUACUUGUGCAGUUUGUUGUUCUUUUGUUUGCAUUUCUUUUAGCUAGUAGUCCACAUCCCUAUUCCUAUGCCCCCAACAGCUUCUGGCAUCCUUCAGUUGCUUUGAAACCUUGUGUAUGUCGUUUUUUUUUUAUAUACUAUUCCCCUUCUGUUUUACUGUAAAGGAAUAAAUUGCAAUAAAAUAUUGAAAUGAA